AAUGAAUAAAAAGAAAAAGGAAAAUAAAUGCCCUCUCUUCGUGACCUAACGUUUUUUUCGAUCAAGCUCAUAACAGACAGCCACAGGAUCCAAAUCUUCUCCACGUGUCGAGAUCUCAACGCACUCAAAAACACUGAGGGUUUUGGCUAUCAGACACAAAACGGAGAGAAAUUUAUUCUGUUUGGGAGAGAGGAAAAUAGGAUUUCUAAAGAAAACAAAGAAUGGGUAGCGUCUGAAAUCCCACUAGGAUCUUUGCUUUUGUUGCUCGGAAAAAAUGGGAUGGGGAAUUCUGGUACUUCUUCUUUCUGUUCAUUGUUCCCUCUGGAAUCUUAACAUUUUCCUAAAUUUUCGCUACAAUUUCGCGUUUUGAGUGAAGAAUCAUUGUCCAAAGGUGAGAAAAUUGGUUUUUUGGGGGUUAGAUUUCGCGUAUACCUCGAAAGUUUUGAUCUUUUGCUUGGGUUUUGCGUUCAGGCCGGGGUUUUUGGGUUCCAUUUCUUUUCAUGGUGUGCUUGGUUGCCGAGAAAGGCUGGGAAAGUGGACGCAAAAAAACGAUUUUUUUUGU